AUGCAUCCAUUGCAACUAAUUAUAAAAGAACCUUUUAGUUUUAGUUUUGCAACCUCUCACCCUUCGGGGAUUGGGGAGGCCACUUCUCUUGUUGCAGGUCGUGUUACUCCUUCUCACUUGGGAAUCCUGGCAGAGCCUUUCUCGAAAGAGGAGGUGGAACAAGCACUUUUCCAGAUGCAUCCGACGAAGGCCCCAGGAGCGGAUGGCCUUCCUGCGCUUCUCUAUCAGAAAUUUUGGCAUGUGAUUGGAGAUGAGGUAGCUGCUUUCUGCUUGCAGAUUCUGAGUGGAGAUGUAUCUCCAGGGCGUUUGAUUACUGACAAUGCGCUGAUUGCAUACGAAUGUUUUCACUAUAUGAAAAAAAGAAUCUCAGGCCGGAAUGGCAUUAUGGCGCUAAAAUUGGACAUGUCCAAAGCGUAUGACCGAAUCGAAUGGUCUUUCCUUGAAUCGGUUUUACUUCAGAUGGGUUUCCCUGUGAACUGGGUAAGACUCAUCAUGAAUUGUGUCACAUCUGUGUCUUUCUCUAUUAUGCUCAAUGGUAAUCCACAGGAAAAGUUUUUCCCUCAAAGAGGACUCAGACAAGGUGACCCAUUGUCCCCGUAUUUGUUUAUACUUUGUGGUGAGGUUUUUUCAGCUAUGAUUGAGAAAUCCAUGGCUGCAUCUGAAAUUAGUGGAAUAAAAAUUAGUCGGCAUGCGCCUGUGAUAUCUCACUUGCUUUUUGCAGAUGACAGUGUUUUGUUUGCACGAGCAACUAUGGAAGAGGCACAAUGCAUAAAGAACAUUCUUGGCGCUUUUGAGCGUGCUUAUGGACAACGGAUUAAUUUUGACAAAUCAAUGCUUUCUGUGAGCCGAAAUGUGCAUGAUAAUCGAUUCAAUGAAAUUAAGCAGCUUUUGCAAGUAAAGGCGGUUGGAAGCUAUGAUCGAUAUUUGGGUUUACCGACCAUCGUAGGUAAGUCAAAAACUCAAAUUUUCAAUUUUGUCAAAGAACGAGUCUGGAAAAAGCUUAAAGGCUGGAAAGAGAAAUUUCUUUCGAGGGCAGGACGGGAGGUUCUUAUAAAAUCGGUGGUUCAAGCCAUACCUUCCUAUGUUAUGUCAUGUUUUAUUUUACCUGAUGGUUUGUGUGCAGAUAUUGAUCAUAUGAUUUCGAGAUUUUAUUGGGGUGGUGAUUCAACUCGCCGUGGUCUCCAUUGGACAAAAUGGGAGAAUUUAUGUAAGAGCAAGGUGGAAGGAGGCCUGGGGUUCAGAGACGUUAAGUCUUUUAACAUGGCCCUAGUAGGGAAGAAUUGGUGGCGUAUCUACACCCGCCCUGAAAGCUUGGUGGCUCGGAUUUUUAAAGGUGCCUACUUUCCUAGAUGUUCAUUGCGAGACGCAAAAAAAGGGUACCGUCCAAGCUAUACAUGGUCUAGUAUUUUAAAAACAAGCUGGGUUUUUGAACGAGGGGGACUCUGGAAGAUUGGUGAUGGUUCACAGGUUCAUAUAUGGAAUGAUAAUUGGGUACCAGGGGGUGCACCCCUUAUUUAUAACCAGGAUCUUGUUGAUGAAUUUCACUUAACACAUGUAUCUAUGCUUAUUGAUCAUGCUUUGCACAGGUGGAGGACAGAUUUGAUUGAGCUUGUCUUUAAUCCUAGCACUGCAGCUCGUAUAAUAUCAAUCCCUUUAGGGGUGCAUGGUGGCCCGGAUGAGUUCCAUUGGCCUAGCACUAGCAAUGGUCAUUACACGUGCAAGGAGGGAUACAAGUACAUGAGAAACCUUCUGUCCAUGGCUGAAGCUUCAUCUUCCACAGCUGUCACGUUAGAGGCCAAGUUCUGGAAUUUUUUCUGGUCAUCCCGAGCUCUCCCACGAUGCAAAGAGACAUGUUGGAGGGCUAUCCAAGCGAAGCAUGUUUGGUUUGCUUCUCAACUUGCUGUCCGUGUGGCAUCUUUCUCAACUUUUCGUGAACUUUGGCUUGCGUUUUUGGAGCUGCAUGAUGAGGAGGUAUUGGCCCUUGUACAGUCCACGGUAUAUGCUUUUUGGGAGGCCAGGAACCAUACUAUUUUCCAGCAGUGGCAGUUCACGGUGGAUAAUGUGCUCGGCCGAGUACGUUGCUUGACGGAGGAGGUUCAGGUGCGAGAUCAGAUGCGGGCACCAUCGGUGGCCUUGCCUGCGGCGUGGAAGACGCCAACUUCAGGUACUAUCAAGUGCAAUUUUGAUGCCUCCUAUCAUGUGAAUGGUUCGACUGGAUUGGGCAUGGUGGCACGGAAUUGUAAUGGUGAGGUGAUGGCUGCUGCAUGCUCCUAUCCCCUUUCAGCUCUUUCACCACUUCUGGCGGAGGCUAUGAGCUUGAGAUGGACAAUGCAAUUGGCUAUUGACCUUGGUUUUCGGAGGAUUUGUUUGGAGACAGAUUGUUUACAGCUGUAUAACUGCUGGAAAGCACAGGACAAUGGGCGUUCUUAUUUGAGCUCUAUUAUUAGGGAGUGGUUCACGCUCCGAGGUGCUUUUGAUGUUGUUACUUUCUCUUUUGUUCGACGCACGGGUAAUGCCGUUGCGGAUUUUCUAGCUAGGAACCCUGAAACCUACGCUAAUCUAGUUUGGGUGGAGGAGGUUCCGGAAGCUGCUUUAUCUUUGGUUAUUUCUGAUGUAACAACUCGGUUGCCGAAUGGCUAUUAA